UAAAUCUAGACUGUAAUUCUGUAAUAUAUCAUUGGACCUCGUAAAACCGACACUAAAACUUCUUGGCAUAUAAAUCAUUUCUCAAAUUAUGAGUUCAUUGUAUUACGCGAACGCGUUGUUUUCCAAAUACCAAGUGGCGAGUUCAGCCUUCUCUACAGGCGUGUUUCCCGAGCAAACUUCUUGCGCCUUUUCCUGCAGCUCGCAGCGGGCCGGCGGCUACGGCUCGGCUUCUACCGGCGCACCGGUCUCCUCUACGUCUUCUGUCUCCCUGUCGAGCAUGUACACUAACGGCGCUAGCCUUUCCAGCCAGACUCAAGGCAUGUACCCCACCGCGUAUGAGCUGGGAGCCGUUUCGUUGAACAUGCACAGCUCUCUGUUUGACCAUUCGAGUCUGCCCAUGGUGAGCGCCGGCGAUCUCUGUAAAGCGCAAAGCGGUGGUAAAGAGGAGCAGAGGGGCUACCACCAAAACAACGAAAACAACCUCCGAAUCUAUCCCUGGAUGAGGAACACAGGUGCGGACCGGAAAAGAGGCCGUCAGACCUACUCCCGCUUCCAAACAUUAGAGCUGGAGAAAGAGUUUCACUUCAACCGUUACCUUUCACGGCGGCGGCGCAUAGAGAUCGCGCACGCCCUGUGCUUGACCGAGCGCCAGAUAAAAAUCUGGUUUCAAAACAGAAGGAUGAAGUGGAAGAAAGAGAACAAAUCCACGGGCUCUCCUGCUGCCGACCAGAUCGGGGGAGACGAGGAAGAGGAAGACGACGAGUAGUGGAAGUGUAAUAAAAAGAGACUGCGCUAUCGAUUCAGCCUGCUUUAUUUCGGGAUACACUGAGUUGAAAAAAAAAAAAAAAAAAAAAAAAAAAAAGACAUGCUACCUACGAUACUGUAGGUAAAAUGUCGCCGUCGUCUACCUAUGUAACUUGUGUUAGAGGUGUUAAUGUGUUAGACUGUACCGUAGCGAAUAUCGUAAUACAAGUCAUUUUAAACGCGUUUUAAUAUAGCCGUAUACGUUUAAUACUCCUACUGUAUGUGUAGCCUAAAUUAUACACGCGUAAUUAAUAUUAGUGUUCAUGAUACUGAAGCAUAUAUAUAUUUGUGACUCACAUACUUGUGACCUGUUACGCUCGGCCCUAGUCGCUGUGGGGUCAAACACAGAAGGGAGCAAACUAUUUUUAACGAUUUCCUUUUUUUUUUUUUUUUUUUUUUAAUAUGUUCCUAUUCUGUAUCUGUGUACGUUUCUGUCUGCUCAAGCAUUUUUUCCCCCCUGUUGUAUUUCGCGCAGGUGUUAAAAUAAACGAACUGUACAGCUCAACACGAGA